CGGUUUUGAACGCAGCUCGGGGAUGUUUGGUGAUGUGAUCCAGGGGGCGUGCCGUGACCACAGACCGUGACCUCGAUGAGAGAGAUGUAAAACCUCUCCUGGAGAGUCAACGCAUCAUUCCGUCAAGAUGGCCCCGCUCUCCGGGUUCCGAGUGGCUCUGCUGGUGUCGUUUUCAGUGUUUCUCACGGUGGUCCUGGGUUUUGGACUGCCUGCCCUGCUGAACGCGUCCAUGAGGGUUGUAGGACUACCGGAGACCAGUGUAACCGAGUGCAUAGUUGUGCUCUAUGCGCUGUUUGUGCUUUAUGUUGCGACACCUCGGAUUCCAAGAGGAGUGGUGGAGGUGAAGGGGAAAGCUGUGUUUAUUACAGGCUGUGACUGUGGAUUUGGUCAUGCACUUGCAAAACAUCUGCACAAACUUGGCUUUACAGUCUUUGCAGCAUGUUUUCUUAAGGAUAAAGGGGGAGAGGGUGCAAAGGAGCUGGAGGAGUUUCAUUCAGAUCGCAUGAAGGUGUUCCAGCUGGAUGUGUGCAGUGAUGAGCAGGUGAACCAGGUUGCUGAAUACAUUAAAGACAACCUGGAGGACUCAGAGAAAGGUCUGUGGGCUGUGGUGAACAACGCUGGCGUGUCCACAUUUGGAGAAGUGGAGUUUUCAUCUAUGGAGACCUACAAGCAAGUUUCUGAGGUCAACCUGUGGGGCACCAUCAGGGUUACCAAAGCGGUCCUGCCACUAAUCCGCAGGGCCAAAGGUCGCAUCGUGAACCUGUCCAGCAUGUACGGGAGGAUGGGAAACGCCAUGAGCUCGUCUUACUGCGUAUCCAAAUACGGCGUGGAAGUUUUUUCCGACUGCCUCCGCUAUGAGAUGAAGUCCUGGGGCGUAAAAGUGUCCAUAGUUGAACCGGGGAACUUCAGUGCGGCUACCAGCAUCCUCACUCGGGACAACGUUGCCAGCAUGGCCAACAAGCUGUGGAACGAGGCCCCCCCUCUGGUGAAGGAGGAUUAUGGGAAAGCCCGCUUCGAGCAGCUCAUGGCUGUGAUACGCUCGCUCUGCAACAGUGGAAACAAGAACUUAGCUCCUGUUGUGGAUGAUAUCACUGAUGCCCUCGUGUCCAAACGUCCGUACACACGAUACAGCCCCAUGGAGCCGCACUGGUGGAUCAGAAUGCAGAUGAUGACACAUGUGCCUGCCGCUGUAUCUGACUUCCUGUACUACUGAAAGAGAGGCUUUUCUUUAACUAGCUCCCUCUGUUUCUGCCCUUGAAUCCAAGAUAUCAGCAUUUAUUUAGACUUUCUAGCACUGCACAGACCCAGACAGAGAGGGAACUCUGUUUGGAUUCCUCAGCACUUGAAAUCAUUCACUGAUCAAGCCUUAAAACCUAAUAUUUUUA